CACAUACACGAGUUUGCUGGGUAAGCCAUGAGAGUCAAAAAUAGCCCAUUUGUCCCAGACAUUUUGAGUUGUAAAUACAUGUAAAUACUAGUUGCACUGCCGUUUUUGACAGAAGAGUUGCCAGCUGCUGGUUUGUGUAUUUUGCCUUGAAAGAGAUAACCGGAAGUGUUAAUCAAUGUGCCUGACUUGGCCACGGACAGAUCCAUUCUCAAGUGAAGAGAAAAGAGGGGCGGCGAGCGGACCCGGGCACCCUUCUGUCACGUGCACAAUUAUUAGUGUAGAGACUUCCGUUUGCGGUCCACAACUUAAACUCGAGGCAAUACAUUUAGGCUAAAAAUUAGGCUACUCGUUGUGAGGAAAGAGGAACACAGAUCCCGGGACAAGCGUUAUGAGGAAACCGUGUGACUGCCGCCCGCGGGGAACUUUCACUUCUCCGUUAACUUUUCCAUGAUGUCUGUUCCUGAAAACGACGCUUGUUUACGCGACUGCUGCUGACAGAAACCAGGUCCAGGAACCUCCUUCAUGUUUCUGUUUGGACAUUUGUAUCCAUGUCGUGUUGCGGCUUAAAAUAAACUGCGCAACAAGUUUUUAACUACCCGGUUGUUGUUACGUUGUCCUGACUCACUGACAAGAGGCAUGGCGGAACCGGGACAUGGCGGUGUUUGACCCUCAAGUUCAGUCCGCCUCCGUCUAGAUCAAAGAUUUUCGGUCGAAACUGAUGUCCUUCAUGGGCUGAGCCUCUCUCAGCGGGUGAAGAUGAUCGGGUCGCCGGACCUGCUGGCUUUCACCGGCACAGAGGGUUUUGGGGAAGGAGGAGAGGAGCAGGAGGCUCAGAGUUUACCUGAGGACCUCUCUGUCCCUCUUUUCCCAUAUUUUCAUCCCUGGACCACAAGGGCCCAGUUCCACAGAGACUUCAUACUGGUGGCUGAAUUCUCGGAGCAGGUGGGUCCAAAGCCUGUGCUGACAAUACCAGAUGACCAGAAGGUCAUCGGCUCUUUUGACCUCAACCACUUCUCUGUUCGUAUCAUGUCUGUGGACUAUCAGGCAUCAGGCCCUUGCCAUGCUCCACCUUCUUCACCUGGUCCCCGACUCAACUUCAGUGAGGACUCUAAAGUGAUCCUGGGAGAUUCCGCACAUGAUGCAUUUGCAUAUGUUCAUCACCUGACUCUGUAUGACCUGGAGGCUCGGGGAAUGGUGCGUCCUUUCUGCAUGGCCUAUGUGAGUUCGGACCAGACUAAGCUGAUGGAGAACUUUGCUGAGCUGUCAGCGUGCUUCUCUCAGGCAUCUGACAGCCUGAAGACGGGAAACAGACAGGCAUUUUCCACAGAGCUGCAGCAGAAACUACAAGUGCUCGAGUACAGACGCUUGUCUCUGUUACAGGAGACAGAACCUCAGAGGACAGCAAAUGAGUCUACAGAAGUUGAUAGCAAAGGAGAUGAGCUUGAGGCUGUGGAACGUUUGAUCUUAAAUCAUAGAGAGCUCCUACGCCAGGUCACAUCCUACCCAAACAGGAAGCUCAAACAACCCGACUUCCUGCCCUAUGACCCAGCUGACUCCCUCACUGAUCUUACAGUUCUUCCUGAUACCUCCUCCUCCCUCUCUACCUCCACCUCCUGCAAGUCAGAGCACCGUCUGAAGCCACUACAGGAGCUCUGUAAUACCUACUUCCUGUCCCUGAUGAAGGAGCAGCUUGUGGACACAGAGCGCCGUCUGCGUGGUGACAGGAGUGUCCUGCGAACUACUCGUAUCACACGUUCACUGUCCAGGCAGCUGAAGUUCACUAACUUCCUGUUUGAGCUGUUGAGCCCAGAGGAUGUUGAGGAGAUGGAAGCAGAAGGAGCUGAGGUGGAGCAACAUGGUUUUUCAAAUAGAAAAGGGGAUCUGGACAGAGUUCAAUCAGAACCACAGAGUUUGGAGUCGUUCUUGUCCUGUGUGGAGGAGAUACCAAUCAAACUAGAAGUAGUAGAAGCUGAAACAGUGACCCCUGACCCCACUGCUCCCACAGAGAUGACAGGGAGUGUGAGCAGCGGUGACAGCAUUGAAGUGCUCGGGACUGAGAAGUCUUAUCGGACACAGCGCAUCAUUGUUGGGUCUGACAGUAGAGAAACGCCAGUGGGGGUGACAGAUGUUUGCAUUCGGCGUGCACCAGUGGACGCAGGCGUCAGGCGUGUGCGAGCCUGUGCCAAGCGUGCCAACAGCGAGGACAGCAUCGAAGUGCUGAGCACCACCGAGUCCAUCUUCCCUGACGACCUAACUGCCAUCACUGAGGAGGAAUCAGAGCUUCACCCUCUUACCAACGGCUUUGAGGAAGAAUCACAGACUGGAUGUCACAAAGAUCUCGAUGUGGAGAAAGCUGCUAAUUCAGAGAAUGAACUGGAACUUGAAGGGUCUGUUAAGGAGCCUUCAAAGGAAAUAAUGGUUAGUGGCGGUGUUAUGACUAAAGAAGAUUCAAAUCUUGAGAGUAAAAAUGAAGUCCACGAAGACACCACUCCAGAAAGGACAUGCCAACUGCUGCAAGUAUCAGCACAGUCAGCAUCCCAGUGGCCCAAGACCCAUCAGAGGGUGAAGUUAGUACCUCAUCUCUAUGUGAACGUAGCCCCUCCUGUUGCCCUGCUAGACUCCGACCAGAGGUCCCCGCCGUGCACUCCUCUGAGGCUGCUUAGUGUAGAUGAGAUGUCGGACUGCAUCAGCUUCACCAGCUCCUCAGACCCACCCUCCCCCACUCAAAAUAACCAGAGCAAAAUCCACUUGGAAAAGAGGAGGAGAAGGAAGGCUGGACUCAGAGCCCUCCGUUUCAUCAAGCAACACUCGUAUUCCCAGCAUGCCGUGUAUUGUCUCCUGAGUGGUCGGCCACUGGUUGUCAUCGGAGGAGACGAGAGUUUAGUGAGGAAGCUGGUGGGUGCUCUGAGCCUCUUCCUGCCUGCGCCUGGUCCUGAUGGAAGUGCUGUGAUGCCCUGUUUGGCCACACCUCUUCAGCUGAUUGACCUGCUCACCUGGAGACUGAUAGGAAUACACAGAUCAUCCUCCAGUUCAUCAGCCACCAUUCUUCAUUCUCUGAGUCGAUACGGUCGUUAUCUGGCUCUGCUGGACCUUGAUCAGAGGACUCUGCGGAGUCCAUCCUACUCCGGUUCCCUCAUCAGCGUACUGACCAGUCCUCACACUGGUAUCAGCCGAGGCAUCACCUAUCUACUGCAUGUAGAAAGCUGCCUGACUGCGCUGUCCAACCAGGUACUGCUGCAAACUUUUGCACCUGUUCUACGAUGUCCAAACACUACUGUAGGAGAACGCAGUGCUGAGGAAAAGGAAGCACAAGGAUUCUCUGGAAGUGAAAGUGAUUUAAGAGUGAUGCACUUCUUAUCUGACCUCAUCAAACAGCACCACGCAGGACGUGGACCGCCGGUUUUACGAUUCUCUUACUGCUCAGUGCAUCUUCACAGAAAUACAAACGCAACAUAAGAAUGCAAAGAAAAAAAAAAGACACUGAAGAGGAGAUGCCCAGUUUUCUAACACCAACAUCAAAAUGCACUUCUGUAAUUACUGUAGUUCAUGUUAAAUCACCAACCGCUGUGAACAAAAUAAUUUUAUUUCAUGCGACGUGUUGAUAAUCUCGCUUACUGGAUAUAUGUAAGUCUUAUUUUAAAACUGUACGAUUAUCAGUCAAACGUGAAUCUUUAUAAUGUAACAAAACUGAGCCACAUAUGAGCAUUGUGCAAUUUAAGGAAGCAAAAAGACCUCAACAUAACUCAGAGUACCAUCUAACCAGUGUGGUAGUGAUGUUUGUUAAUAUGUCAAUGCUUAACUUUUUUUGGUAGGGGGUGGGUCUUGUCCCACUGUCAUUUAAGUAUUGCAUAAUUUAACUGUAGUUUUGUAUAGCAGUUGUAAAGAUAAACAAGGAUGUACAAUGUGAAUAACUAGAAGUUACCUCAAGACCUGGGGUAGUGUAUUUUUUAUAGUUUUAAUGUCACUAGUGGUAUGAAGACAAAA